CAUCAAAGAUGGCGGGCUUUCGAGAUCGAGAGAAGAAGCAUUUUCCACUUACUGACAUUGCAUCUGUUGUAAAUCUUUUCAAAGAGCAAAUUGAUGGCCCAGAUGAGCCAAAUCUUGCUCUUUUAUCAAUAACUUUGGGUUGCAUUGAAAAUACGUUAACACUGAACAGAGCUGUUUCGGCCAGCGAGGAUGCAAAAUUACUGCGACCAAUAUUUCCAGUUGUCGACUUGAGUACAGUUGACGCUUUGUAUACUAAAUUUGAAACUUUGGUAAAGGGAUCAGUAGAUCUGACUAAAUAUCCUGGUGAAUAUUCAACAAGAGAGCUUGUGAAGAAAAUUUCAGAUGUUAUUUGGAGUUCGCUGUCUCGUAGUUUCAAAGAUAAAGCACAUCUACAAUCUUUGUAUAGUUUUCUGACAGGAAACAAAUUAGAUUGUUUUGGAGUAGCAUUUGGAGUUGUUGCAGCUGCACAAUUGCUUGGACAGAAUGAUAUUCAUUUAGCAUUGUCUGAAGAUCAUGCAUGGGUUGUGUUUGGUGAAGAUGGAACUGAUACUGCUGAAGUGACUUGGCAUGGUAAAGGAAAUGAGGACAAGCGAGGACAGUCUAUUGCAUUAAGUGUAGCUGAAAAGUCAUGGUUAUAUUUGAAUGGUCACCCUGUUAUAUGUGACCGCAAGAUGGAAGUGUCUGCAAUUGUGUCUGCUAUCAAUCCAUCAAUUAACUUCUCUACAGACAGUAUUGAAAUGGGAGCACUGCAGCAGGAAUUGCUUUGGCUCCUAUAUGAUAAAGGUCACCUAUUGAAGUAUCCAAUGGCUCUAGGUAAUCUUGGUGACCUUGAGGAAAUCUCACCCACGCCUGGUCGACCACCACCCUUAGUCAUUUUCCAAGAGGCAAUAGGCUCUGCUAUUAAAUAUUAUGACAAUCAUCAUGUUUAUCCUUAUACAUACUUGGGUGGUUAUUUGUACAGAAAACGUCGCUACAAGGAAGCCAUCAAAUGUUGGGCAGAGGCAUCCAACGCUAUUAGGAAGUUCAAUUACACAAGAGAAGAUGAAGAAAUUUACAAAGAAUUUCUUGAGAUUUCCAACGAGUUGAUUCCAAACAUAGUGAAGGCAGUAUCUUUAAACACAAUAGAUCGUGCUCAAAUGAAUAUUUUAUAUAAUCCUGAGGUGUAUGCUGACAUACUUCGUUUCUAUGAUGGGAUUUGUGAAUGGGAAGAAGGCAGCUCAACACCUGUUUUACAUGUAGGCUGGGCACAGCAUCUUACAUUUUCUUUAAACAAAUUUGAUCCAAGAACUAGAGCUAAAAUAGAUGUAGGAAAGGAUGAGGAGGAUGAAGACAGGAAAGAUGAGAAUGAUGAAAAUGACAAUGAGAACAAUUCUAAAUCUAAAGAAGAUUCAAACCAGGAGGCAGACAGCAAUCUAUUGAAAUCAAAAGAUGGGAAAGAUAAUUUGAAAAAUGUCUUGGACGAUCUGAAGAAAGAAGAUUCCUUACAUCUGUCUCAGUCUCUGCUUGCAGGUCAAAAGGUCACUGCAAAAAACCGCAAGGGCCAGCGAAGAAGGAAUUCUAAUGCAUCUAAAGAAGUAACAGCAAAAGUAUCUUCGGUUGACUCCAAUAGAAAACAAAGUUUGGAUGAAAACAUCAAAGCCGAUGUGAAAAUCAAACCAACCAUUGAAGAGUUGGCUAGCAAAAUUGGACAGCAUGAGAACUUCCAAGAAACGCCCCCCAACCCCAACAUCACUGCCCUCGCCCAGCAGUGCAGUCUCAGUAUCCUCAACAAAGACUACCUUCUCGGAGCGGGAGAGCCCUUCUCCACCUCACCUGCCACGUUGUCUGCAUCUGUCCCAGCGGACGAGGCAUUCACGGCCACAUCCAACUCUUCCGGUCACUUCACGGGGUCGGACUCCCGGAUCGACGUGGAUGAGUUCCUCAGCUCCAAAUCCAAUGGCACAGCGUUCAUCGGCUUCACCAUGGAUUCAAUGCUGAAAGCGGAGAGUCCAUCAGACCUGAUGCUGGCCAUCAAAAGAUCUGACGAUGCAAGAGCUGCGCCCUCUCCUUCCCCGUCCCCCACAGCUGAAAUGCUGGCAGCAUUAGGCCCUGUCCAGGUGGAGCUGAGAAGUGUUAAGAUGAAAGGUCUGAAGAAAAUGUUCAAGUCUGCCAAGUUGAAUGCCAGUGCCAUCAAGCUGCAGCUUACAGCCCAGUCACAAGUUCAUGUCAAAGACUCAAGAUUCCUAGACUUCUGUGAGCCCAUGGGCUCAGCCAGGAAGAGACCUAGGAGAGAUAUUGUCUGAAUCUUGGAUGGGAGCUAAUCCAUUUUGUCAGAGCUGCCAACUAUUCCAUAAAUUAUGGUAGAAUUUCAAUCAUUCCAGUUUUUGUCUGUGAUUACAUUAUAUCUUGAUAGAAGAUUAGAUGUUUUCCAUUUACAAUACAUCUUUAUUUAUUUUAAAAUUAACAAGGGACAUUAAUUUGGCAAUACAUGUUUUUUUUUUUAAAGUGAAAUAUAAGUUUAAAAAAUCUUAAAACUGUGGUGCUUUUCAUUUUCAUAAACAAAAUAAAACUAAACUUUUAAAACGUUUUCCAAUACAAAUGAUUGUUAUAUUCAUAAUGGUUUUAAUUUGAUAAACUUGAUACUUCAAUAAAUACUGUCUUAUUUAAAAUACAAAUUGUAUCUAGAAAAAUUUGUAUUAAAAAAAAUAUAUUUAGUCCCAUUGAGAAGAUACAAAACAGGUUUUACUACACUAAUAUAUAACAGGCAUAAAAAUACAUAUACAAGACAUUUGAAUGUUUAUCAGUUGGUGUACGGAGGUUGGCAGCUCUGUAGUAGCGUAUUUUGUUUAAUUUAUUACUAUUUCUCAUAAAAUAUUCUAAAAACACACCAGUUGUUAAAAUUCUAACCCUUCUACCAACUUAGUGACACUCAAAACCAUUUUUCCUACUCCUUGUGUAAUAGGUGUUAAAAAUGCUAAGAUAUUGUUUUAAAACAUGCUUUCUUUAUAAUUAUUGCAAUUUGUAUUUUUCAUUUUUAAAAUUUUUCUUCAAGUCAAGAUCACAAAAUUUUUAAUUGCAACAGUCGUAAGGUUAAAUUGUUAUUUAAAACUACAGGAAUGGAAUUCUUGUAACUUAUAUAAACAGGCUCUUUUAAAACCCUCCCUAGAAUGGCGAAUACAGAAAUGUAUAGCCUGCAUCCACUGACAAUUGUUUUUUAUUGUAAGUUCUAAGCUUUCUGUGUUCAAAGCAAUUUUUUUAAUGUAACUUAAAGAAAAAUGUCUCUGUAUAUAGAGUUGGUAUCAACAGCCGUGUAUACUUUGUUGUUUAAAGCUGCUACCAGCUUAGUGUUAAAAAUUAUAUUUUGUUGUUGAUUUUAAAUCCAUUUGUAUAUAAUCUAAUACAUAUCGAACAAGUCUUAUUCAUUUGCACUGUAAUUAUCUGCCAGCUUGAUAGCUUUUUGUAUAACAUGAUUUUUUUUUCUUUAAUUGAAUUGUAAGAAAAGUUAUGAAGGUUCACAAUGAUGUAGUGCUUUAUAAUAGCUACUUAUAAAUAAUAGAUAUGUGCUUACCAGUCCAUUAGGUUUUGUUUUUAAAAUGUAAUGUUAUUUAUUAUUUUUUGUAUGGAAAUUUCUAUUUUAAAAAAAGGCAAUAAAUUAAAGGUACUACUAGUACUCAGGGUACGUUAAAUGUCUUUUUAGAAACUCUCAGAGUGGGGAAGGACUUUGUUUUGAACUAAAAAUAGGCCUAUUAGAGGGAAACAUAGGGUUACUACUCUAAGCUGUUACAAAAUGUCCUUAUACACUGUGUAGCAUACAAAUCUUUUGAAAUGUUUUCCAACCUUAAUAAAUGUGUACAUUUCUGUUGACCAUUUUGUUACAGUUAACGUCCUGUUUAGCCCCGGUGCUCUUUUAUAAAUACCAUGUUGAAUGCAUGCUGCUGCUACAGUUGGAAACUUAACACUUGUCAGAAGGCUUUGAUACACAACAUAUUACAUUGUUACUAGAAAGUACCAAAGGUGUAUGAUAUAUUUAUAUUAUCUUUUUUCAUUAAUAUAUUUACACAAUUUCUUGACCCUUCAAAAUUGUAAUUUUUCUUUUUCAUUUAAAAAGACGUUGCUUAAUAUUUUAAAAUGUCACUUUCUAAUAGUAAUUAGAAAAGUGCUAAUGUUAUUGAAUGUUGCCUUCUGUUGAAAAUAAAUGAGAAUUUUAAAGUAGAGAAAAAUAAUGAGUAGAUCCGCUGUAAAAGCAGUUGAACAUUAAAUAAUGCAUGUUUUACCUUGAUUAUGUAUAACUACAGAUGUUUUUUUUUUUUUUUAAUUUUAUUUUCACCAUUGUUUGGAAAAUCAAAAAAAAAAGUUUGUAUUUUUAAUGUAUACACUAUUUUAUGGUACAGCAAUUUUCUUUUAUUUAAAUUUAAGUCUCACGGCUACAAGUUGUGAAUACUAUCAUGUUAAUGACUUGUUCGUCUGUCUAACUAGAUUUUUGGUGUUAAAUGUAGUUUGAAUAUGGUUUCUAGCUAAUAUAAGUUGUAAAUCAGUUUUUUCUUUAAAAUAUCCAUUUUAAAAUUUUAUAGGAAAAAAUACAAAACUAGAAUCCAGAAACUUUUUUUAAAGUACUUUAAUAAUUUUUCACAGAGUAACAAUAUUUUUUUGUGAAAUAUGCUAGAAAUAGAAGGAUACGUUUUUUUUUCUCACAGAAGACUUUAACACAGGAGAGUAUACUCUAAUUCUAGACAGAGUCACAUUUUAAAAAGAACAAAUCAUCUUCUACUUACAAGCAUGCAGUAAUCUACUCCUCAGUAAUAGUACAGUUUGAAUAUUUCAAAGGCUGCAGUUAUCACAUUGCUGAAAGCAUUUAAGGGGUUGCACUAUUUCUUAACCCUGUAAUGGCCUCAAGUUAUUUUGUUCCAAAUAUAAUAUGUGUAGACCAAACUGGUGUUAAUGUAUUUUGUUUUGUGGGUAAAGUUAUAUUGUGCAACACUAAUUUUACUAGCCAUCUUUUGUGUUUUAAUUCAAAAUUGAGACAUGAACACUUCGUAUUUAAAGAGUUAAUGUACACUAUUAUUUACACACAAGUCAGUGUUGUUGACUACUGUUAUGUUGUUGGUUUUUUUUUUCUCUCACUAUCUGAAGCAAAAUAAUUGCAUUUACAUUAUUGUUGCUGAUGUUCAGCACAUCUGUUAAAAAAUGUGUUUGGUGCAAUAUUUCCAUCAUUAAAUGUCCAGAACUGAUUUUAAACCAUAUUUUACCAAUAUUUGUUGUUGUAUUACCAUGAGAGAAUCCUUAUUUAACCCACACACACAUCUGUGGCACAUCAUAUAGAAUAUGACUGGGUUGUUUUAUCUCUAUCCAUUCUCUUCACAGCUGGAAAUAUUUACACACUAAAUCCACUUGACCACUUAAAACACAGAUCUUUUUCUUUUCUUCAUGAAGUUUAUUUUUUUAUUAAAAUUCUAAGAAUUGUAUUUAAAGAAUCUCAGUAGAGGAAUGAAUAGUUACCACCAGCAAACCACAGUUUUUAAAAUGGAAGGAUUGAAGUGAUUUUUUUUCUACCCCCUGGUUAAAUAAAAACUGCUGAUUAUAACUGCAUAGCAAUGCCAAAGUUAUUUUGCUUCUUUUAUCUGUUACAUUUGAUCAAGGCAUACUUAGAAUUGGCAGUUGGUUUUAAAUUAUGAGAGUACCCAAGAAGGAGUUUGAAAUUGUUUUAUUUCUUUGCUAUUGGCUGUUUAAAAAUUUAAAACACUUGUUGUUUUACAAGUAGUUCCUAGUAUGAAUUGUUUUUUUCAAUUGUUAAUGUUACUAGGUAUAUUAUUUAUCCUCUGUAUUUGAUGUGUAUAGAUUCUCCUUUGUACAUAAUAUGGUCUUCAUUAGUAUAUAUAAACAUGCACACAUGCUUAUGUAUUGAUUUUUUAUUGUUGCGUUCAAUGUUUUUUUUAACAGUGAUUGGAGAAACAGAUAGGUGAAAUUGUGCCUAAAAGGUUAAUGUAAAACCUUGGUGUAGGUCUUUCAAACUGUAAUUAUAUGUCCAACAUCCUAUUUCUAGAGUCAAACAUGUUUAUAGGUUUGAGAAAAAUACUUUGUUAGAGCUUUUCAUUUGUAAGUUCAUCAAGGAUUGUUAUAUGGUUGUUAUAACUGUAAAACAUUCCUGUUAACCUGAUUAAUCUUAGGUGUGCAAAGGAUGCAGUCUUUUUUCUUGAAGUAUUUUUCUUGUUAAAAAAAUAUAUUUUACAUAUUUCUCGCAUCUUGUUGGAAAUGCACUUUAAUUUUUCUGUGUACAAGUAUUAUAUGUGUUGCUUUGUUUAAUGCUUUGUUUGGAAUUGAUGUCAUUUUAGUUUUGAAACCUUCAAUCGAAGAAGAAAAAAAAUGCUAAAUAUAGACCUGAAUAACUUAGUGGAGUAAAGCUGAAAGGGCUUUUGUUUCAAUUUCAGAUUAAUGAUGACAUGAUUGUGUAGAGAUAUUGUUUUGCAGAAAUUUUACUUUGAUGUUGUUUUAACACUUGCCUUUUUUGUUUUUGCUUUAGCUUCAGUUGUAUUUCUAUAUUUGUAAAUGUUAGUUUGAUGUGUUUCUUUUUAAUUGUUUUUUUUUCUUUUCUUUCAAAUCAAACAUGUCAACAUGAGAAAGAGCCAUGAAUUUAAAAUAAUAUAUUUCAAAUAGUUUUUUUUAUUCAGUGUUUGAAGUAACCUUUUGUUUAUGAUCUCACUAAACCAAUAGUUUAAAAAGCUAUGAUUUAGAGCAGGGGUCUCCAAACUACGGCCCGCGGGCCGAAAGCGGCCCGCGAACUCCUCUCAUCCGGCCCGCGGAGAUGUUUUUGUCCAAGGAAAAAUUGUUUGUCGGUGAUUUCUGAGGAACUUUGCCCAGAAAAAUCAAAGACAUGCCUGGAAGAAACUGGCCCCCGAACCGAAAUUUAAUAGUGAAUGCGGCCCUCGGACUGAAAAGUUUGGAGACCCCUGAUUUAGAGGAACAAUAAUAGCCCAUACAUUUAUGUACAUAAUACACUUUUGAGAUUAUGUAAACUAUGAUGUGUAAAAUUUGAUGAUAAAAGCCAACCAUUUUUUUUUAAACAAAUAAUUUCAGCCCUUUAGUUGUACUACUGUUAGUGGAUCUAAUUAAGCCCUGAUUUUAAAAAAAAAAUUGUGACUUUAAUCUGACAUUGUUGAGUUCAAUUUGUUGUAGAAAAACAUCUGUGAUAACAUUUGUUGUUUGCUUUUUUUAAACUUAGUGAAUUUUGUUGAGUUGAUCAAAACCUGAAAAAUAUUUUUUUUUCAAUAGAGGGUUUUUAAAAAUCGUAACAAAUUAUUUCUAUUUGAUGUUAUUCUAGGAGAAAAAAAAAUCAUUUUUUUGUUGUUGUGUUCAUUAUUUAAGAAUGUCCUGGGAGCUCGGAUCUUGUUUGCCAUUAUAGAAAUGUUUUAUUUUAUUUUCUAUUCAUUCUCACUAUUUCAUAGGUCUUUUUUUUGUGUGUUGUAAAAAAGUAAUUGUAAAGUAGAAUAUUCUUACGAUUAACCCAACAAUGGUAGAAAAUUCUGUAAAGUGUUAUUUUAAUGAAUUCAACAAUCUAAAGAGACCAAUUUCUGUUGAAGUUUGUCAGAGUUUGUGUUAAGAUUCCUGCCACCACACUGGCUUUGUAGCUCUGUUAAAGUGGUGGCUCACUUGGUUGUUGUGUGCCUGUCGUAAGUCUUGGGAAAACAUGUCAGACAUCAACUGGCACAAGUAUAAGUGUACAUUUCUGUAACGGAGACCACUUUUGUGAACAAACAGUUAAAAAUUAUUUUUUGAUACCAACAUGUCACAUAUGUUUUUAUACAGAACUUAUCUAUAGUUUUUGUAUUUAGAGUGAAAAAGACAAAAAUAGGCAAUAGUUCUGUAGCCUGUCUUUUGACAAUGUAUUAAGUUAAGUUUUAUAAUAAAAAUCAAAUAAUUCAACUAAAAAUGUCUUUUCAAAAUUAGCUACGAUAAAAUUGCUGUUAAAAUUUUCAACUACCCUUUUAAUCUGUUGACAUUUCCAUAAUUCAUGUAACUUUUUCACCGAGAACAUGUUUAGCUACUGUUCAGCAGUGUGUUGUUGCUUUGAAUUUUACUUUAAAUGAGCUAAGAAUAAAUUGUUCAAGCUUUAGGUCUGAACAACUAUGAGAGGAAAAUCAUUAUAAAACUGAGCCAGGGAAAAUCCAAGAAAUGUGAACUCCUGCUUUUAAUGUUAGUCAUUGUUGAUAGAAACUUGAACAGCUUCAAACCAUGUGCUUUAGCUUUGUCGAAAUUCCAGAAAUAGUUUUGCUCUCAAGCUUUCAAAUUUUAAAGCUUAGCUUUUAAAUAAUUAAUUAUAAAAAAUUAACAUGGUUUAAAAAUGUUUGCUAUAGAACACUAAACAUGGCUUGCUUAUAAAGUAAUUGUUACACAUAAUUUGAUUCAUUAAGUUUGUGUGGAAGUUGUUUUAAAUUCUCUCCUUUUAUAUUUGUACUUGUACAGAUGUGUUGAGUUUUUUCAUUGUACAUUUUAUUACUUGAGAUGAUUUUUUAUUUAAGAUUUGUUUUAUAGAAUUUAAGUAAAGUUUAGACUUUGUAACAAUCUAAUUUUUUUUUAAGAGUUAAAAGACUGAAUAUGAACAUGAUUUGGAAAGGGUGGGUUUUUCUGUUGUGAACAAAUUAUGCAUAGGUUAUUCUUUUGGUAUUAGGAUAUAAUAGUAGUAGGUUUUUUCUGUUGCCAUAUUAUGAGUAUUGUAAUUAAAAUAUGUAUUUUGCA